UGUUUCAGUUUGCCGAGCGUCAGUAACAACAAGUACCAUCUUUUAACGGGUUUUUUGGUAUGACGCGACCGGGGAUCGAACCCCAGACCUUCCGCUCUCUGGGCGGACGCUCUACCACUACCACCCUGGAGGUGGUCAUAUGUUUAACUAUUAUUUGGAAUUACAGUCGUCCCAACCCGAAACCCAACCCUACCCUUGCAUGACGCCGGCCCAUUCCAAACUGGUCUGACUGUCGAUAUUCUCGACCGCACCCGGAAGCAGUCAUCCGAGAACAAUUUCACGGGUUGACUCGCGAUCCUGCAAAUCACCGUCUGAACCACCACGAGAAGUUGAUCUACACUCUACUCGCGUAAACACGAGCGACCUCAUUUUGUGGACCAUCACAACCUCACUACAUCCUCAUUCAAAUCGAAAGACCCGUGCGUGAAAGCGCAACGAUCCGAUGUCGCCCAACCUGGAUGUGGGCGCUGAGAUAUUGCAGUACUUGACACUUCAGGCCUAGCGUCAUGCAUAUCCAACGAUACUUGAAUACAAGGGGAGGUCGUUUAACACUGACGUCAAUUUUGUGUGUUCUGCUUAUCACCGUGCUCGCCUAUGAUGUUAUGUUGGAGAACUUCGAGGCAUUACGGUAUAAAUACCAGGCUCACAGGACAAGAUACAUCUGCUGCAAUAUGGUAGGCGGGCUCGGUAACCUACUGUUUCAAUACGCAUUCACGUUGGCCAUGUCACGACGCUUUAACAUGACAAUGGUGUGUGAAACCGAUCAAAUUCACAAGUUACAACAGAUCUUCACAGUCCCCGACUGUGCUAAUGACUCCAAAGGCAUCCGGCUGUGUUUUGGAGAACCCGCAAUCAAAAACGAGUACAACAUUGGCUAUGAUUCGAAAGUUGGAAAUCUGCUGCUUAAUAGUGACUCUCAUUUUGAAGGCUAUUUUCAAUCCUGGUUAUACUGGAUAAAACAUGAGAACGUCAUCAGAAAACAUUUAGCCAUCAAAUCCGACUUAAAGACAUCAGCUAAAAACUACAUCGACGCCUCUCUACAGGAACUCGGAAUUAAAAACAGAACCGCGGUUUCACUUGUUGGAGUUCACGUUCGACGGGGCGACAUGCUGAAAGGUUUGUUUCGUGAUUACGGAUAUUCUGUAGCAACUGAGGAGUAUUUCCACAAGGCUAUGGCUUACGUCGAAAAAAGAGUUGCGAAACCGGUUGUGUUUGUUGUCAGUUCAAACGACAUGGAAUGGUCCCGAGCAGUUGUCAAGGAAACGAAUGCAGUGUUCUUGGUGAACAACACAAGGGAGUUCGACUUUGCAGUGUUGUCGAUGUGCGAGCACUUCAUUAUGUCCGUGGGAACAUUCGGUUGGUGGGUAGGUUGGCAUAUUCAAGGAAUGGUUAUUUAUUACUUAAAACCAUUCCGACCAAACUCGGAGCUGUCUCGCGUGUUUACCAACGACUUUGUAACAACCUUUACCUACCCGAAAUGGAUCGGGAUGAGCUAAUAUAUGUAUGAACGUG